GCAGCAAGGGACAGGAUAAGAUCGUGGAUGUUCUCUUAGCAAACAACUGGAAGCACAGUUUGAGUAUAACCUGGUCACAGAGUUUAGCUGCCAGAGGACUGAAAGUAGAAAGCUAAUCAAGGACUUUGUGUAUAUGACAGACGGACAUGAUGACAGAGAGGAAAACAUACAACCUGAUGAGCCACAUCCUGCCAUUAGUCUCUGUCAUCAGCUGUUUUACACUUACAAUUUGCUUCUCAUGCCAUCUGUAAUGCUAUUCAAUUGAAAACCAAAUCCACUGAUGGAACUAUCACUCUGGUUUCAGACAGGGUUUGCUUUUAAGUCCAGUUGUUCUACAAAUUAUCUGGAGAGUGGUUUGUACAGUUCCCUGGCCUGGGACACACAGAGGAAUGGACAGGAGUGACCCACAGGACGACGAAAGAGGAGGCAGAGGGAAAGAAAGCGAUGAAGACAAUGAUAAACAGCUGAAGAACCAGCUCAACUGUGAGGAAAAAGGAGUGCAGGAGAUCAAAGGGAACGAGAAGGAGAACAAGAAAGAAAGCAGGCGUUCUGGGUCUCUGUGGAGGAGUGGAUGGGCACUGAGUGAAAGACUGGUCAUCAAUGUCUCAGGGAUGCGUUAUGAAACUCAGCUUCGCACCUUAGCCCAGUUCCCUGAUACCUUGCUCGGAGACCCCAGGCGCAGGUCACGAUACUUUGACCUACUUCGAAACGAGCUCUUCCUGGACCGAAACCGCGCCUGCUUUGAUGUCAUUCUGUACUUUUACCAGUCAGGUGGAAGGCUUCGAAGGCCAGCGAACAUACCCCUGGACAUCUUCAUGGAUGAGCUGAUGUUCUACGAGCUGGGAGACGACAUCAUGAACCGCUUCAAGGAGGACGAAGGUUUUCCAAAAGAUGAGGAGGCCCCAUUGCCGACCAACGAAAUCCAGAAAAGACUGUGGAUGCUGUUUGAGCACCCCGAAUCCUCAUCGGGCGCACGUAUCAUAGCCAUCAUCAGUGUCAUGGUCAUCGUGUUGUCCAUCCUCAUCUUCUGCCUGGAGACACUGCCAGACUUCAGGAAUGAGAAGGAGGCCCGGGAGGAAUAUUUUUACAGGUACCACUCCCAGCCAAAGAAUGUAUCCGAGCACAUGCCUCUUCCACAAAGUAUUUUCCAGGACCCCUUCUUCCUGGUGGAGACCAUAUGCAUAUGCUGGUUCUCCCUUGAGCUUAUCAUAAGAUUUGCUUGCGCUCCCAGCAAGAUAACCUUCUGCAAAGACGUCAUGAACAUCAUCGAUAUCAGUGCCAUCCUGCCCUAUUUUGUCACUCUGGGUACGGAGCUGGCCAAGGACAAUGACGCCUCUCCAGGAACGUCUCUGGCCAUCAUCAGAGUCAUCAGGUUAGUGAGGGUGUUCAGGAUCUUCAAGUUGUCUCGUCACUCUAAGGGCCUUCAGAUCCUCGGUCAGACACUGAAGGCUAGCAUACGAGAGCUGGGCCUGCUCGUCUUCUUCCUGUUUAUUGGCGUCAUCCUCUUCUCCAGCGCCAUCUACUUUGCAGAGGCUGACCAUCACAACACAGACUUUGUUAGUAUACCACAUGCCUUCUGGUGGGCGGUUGUUACCAUGACCACAGUGGGUUAUGGUGACAUGUACCCAAUGACAGUUUGGGGUAAGCUGGUGGGCUCAAUGUGCGCCAUUGCCGGUGUGCUCACCAUCUCACUGCCAGUCCCCGUCAUUGUCUCCAACUUUAGCUACUUCUACCAUCGGGAGACUGAAUGUGUGGAUAAUACCGAGUACAAGACGAGUCUGUGGGAGGACGAGGGGCCGGAAGGGGAGGAAACAGAAGGGGGGGAAAUACAUGACGGCGAUGGAGAUCCAGAGGGGGAUUAUUAUGCCAUUGAAGGCAUCUGCAACCCUUUGAACGGGACACUGCUGGCUGGACUGUGUGCAGGGCAGAGCACAGAGUUCAGUGGAGGAAACACAUAUCUGAAGGAACCACUGGUUACUCAAGUUUAGUGAUGGUGAGUGUUAUUUUGUACUAUUUGACAGUAUGAAAAAUGACAAAUGAAUGAAAAGAAGAAUGAAACGCAAUGAAUGAAAUUAGAAAAAAGGUUACUGGAAAGUUAAACCAUAAAAAUAAGACUGAUAAUAUGCUUUUUGUUGACUUUACUUUUAAUUUACAGAUAUUUAUUACAGCACUAGAGCAGCCAAAUACCGCUGAAAAGCUAAUUUUGUAUAAUGUAGCUUUAAAAAAGCAAGAAAAAGACAGUGAGUUUUAUGUUCUCAGGGUCUUGAUACGCAACAAAUAUAAGCUAUUAUUUAUUAAUGCUAUCAGCUUGAGUUUUACAAUGACUUUCUGAAUAUAUAUAUAUGUGCCUUGAAACUAUGAUGUCUUAGCCCUGUCACUUUUUGGCUUAAAGUUUGAAGUGGAAGCAGUUAGAUUAGUAGCAAUAUAGAUGUAACGUCUCAUCAAAACUAAACCAAACCCACAUUCUCAACAUUCUUCUGUAAGAAAUGAACAAAUUCAACCUUUUUGUAGUUUUGGUUUAGGUGACCUUUAUCACUGCUGUAUUACUCAUAAUGACACAGUGUUACCUAUUUGUGUUAAAGAGGAAGGUUUUGAAUGCUAUAAAAAAACUUCUGUACUUAACUGCUUAACUAUGCACUCAGUGUUUUUAAUAAAGAUUAUAUUUUAUUAA